UAUACAAUAUGGGCAUGGCUCCCGCACAAGCUUGCAUAAGAAUUCAAAGCCGCCACCUCCCCAACGAAGCUCAAAAUCAUCCUUAACUUCUUGCCCACAGACAUCAAAGUCAAGUUUAAAUGGCAUGGAGAAUGCUACAAUAACUUCUACAGGAUCUGUCCAGUUUCAAGAACUUCAUUCUCAGAAUAUCUCAGGGUUCCAGGGCAUGUUCCCAACAUCUGGCAUCGUGUCCUCCCAUGGCCUAUCCAGCUCAGGAAUGUCCGACCAAGGACAGUUGCCACGGGAACAGCAGGCGGAGGGAGCAGAGGCUGCUGCUGCUGUACCUGCAAGUCCGGGGUAUCCUGAGGAUGAUGAUAGCUUUGAUAUGCAGCCCCCUGCUGGCGACAUCAAGGCUAUUGUGGGAUACAUUGGCUCAAUCGAGAUGCCAAGCAACUCUAGUAGACCCCACCAAAGGAUUCAGUCUUUAAGAAAUGCAGUGCGAAGACUUCGCAUCGAACAGAAGAUUCACACUCUUGUUCUUAUGGAUGUAGACUCUGAGGGUGUUAAGUUAACAAACGCAAUGGGAGCCAGUAUAGCCCAUUACCCAGUCGACAGACUAGCAUUCAGUGGUGUCUGUCCAGACGAUAAACGGUUCUUUGGAAUUGUGACGCUUCACGCCCCAGGUGAUGAUAUGAGCGAGAUGAGUGUGCAGCGGGAUGAUGCACCAAGUGCCAGCUCAUGUCAUAUCUUUAUGGUGGACCCAGAGCUAAGAUCUCAUAAUAGUCAUGUUCAAAAAGCCAAAGCUUUCAAUAUACAAUGUACUGUAGAUCCUGAAACUCAAAGAUGUCUGGAGUUCCCCCGUUCUGCAACUCCUAUAAUAUUAUCUGUAGCCAAUCUGUACAAGGACCGUCCUCGUGGUGUGUAUGAGAAUGAUAUUGUCCAGUCUCAAGCUCUUGCUGACCCAGUUCAGGCCGUCCAGCGCAGUAGCAGCAACAGCAGCAAUAGUGACAGUGGUCUGGGUUUUGGCCGCGAGGACAAAGUGAAUGAACGUGUGUUUGUUGUGGACAUGCCAGUAGAAGUUGCUCAGAAUCAGGAAGUAGCGGAGGCUUCUGGAAACCCAACACGAUCAAGCUCGAGUCGUGCCCUUCAUCAUCUCUCUCCUGAUGUGAACUCCAUGCCCACACCCAGACACAAUUUCUCCCGACCUCAGUCGGCCAUGGAGAUUCGGCGUGGAAUGAACACUUCGACCAGCAGUGAGGAGUGUUGGCAGGGUAGUAAACUUAAUCCACGUGCAAUGCCUGAUCCGAUCUCAAUCUGGAAAGCAAGGUCAUCAGAUGACCUUGAGAGACAAAAUAGUGCAGAGACAUUGCGUAUGAGCAUGCAUAAAUUACUUCAAGCUAGACAAAGACAUGCCAGUGAACAGAAUCUAAGCAGUGAUACGGAGUCACAAGACUCGCGGGACUGUUUUCUGGGCAGGAAUGGGUUUACAGCCCCACGACCAGUGUCUGCUCCAUUUGCUCAGUUAAACUUCAUUAAGAGUGAGAAGGUUGAGGCUGUAGAUCUUGCUGCUGGGAAACUGAGCCCGCGAGCAUUUGGUGCAGUGGCCAAACACACUGGCCGAUCCCCUUCAGCGCCUCCCAUCCCGUACUUCCAUGGCGAUGAAGAAGAUGAUGAUUCCGAGGAGGAAGAUGAUCCAUUUGUCCGUGGAAUCAUCUCACGACUGAACAGAGACAAAGCUCUCGGCCUUGCAGAUGAGGAUCCUAGACGCUAUUCUGAAGGAUUUGCAUUGGCAAGGAAGAGAGAGAAAGAGAGAACUGACGUAGCAGCGUUGCAGAAGUGGACAAAGACAGGGUCGUUCAGGCGAAAUCGAGGGAUGAAGAUCCAGAACCCGCUUAGCCACUCACAUGAGUCGCUCAUAGCAGGCGAUGGAGACCAGUCGAUCCAGAAGUUGCUGCCGGCAAAUAGCGUCAACAGCAUUGUUGCCCAAGUGGCCAAGAAGGACGAUAAGGAUGAAGUUGGCAGAGUUGCUGGCUGGGCCGUCAACUUUGACAAACUUCUUCGUGACAACGGCGGUGUUGUUGUUUUCACUGAAUUCUUGAAAAAGGAGUUCAGUGAAGAAAACAUUGUCUUCUGGCGUCUGUGUGAGCAGUACAAACAACUCGGCAGUGACGAUGAGAGAAAAGCCAAGGCGAAGGAAAUCUUCUCCAAGCACCUGUCAUCUAAGGCUUCUGAGCCUGUCAAUGUGGACAGUACGUCUCGUCAGAAUGCAGAGAAACAUCUUGACAACCCCAUUCCAUCCAUGUUUGACAUGGCGCAGAAACAUAUCUGGCAGCUGAUGAAGCAGGACAGCUAUGUUCGUUUCCUGAAGAGCGACAUGUACAAGAUAUACUUGAUGAGAGAGAUGGAAGGGAGACCACUGGAGCUGCCCCAAGACAUGAUGGCUGGAGCCACCAAGGACGAAAAGAAGAAUGGAAAGGGCAAAGAAAAUGAGAAGAGAAGGAGAUCUUUGUUGCCAUGGAGACAAAAUAAGAACAAGCACAGCAACAACAAGGCACAGUCUGAGUCAGAGCUGAAGCGCGUGGCAGCCAAGGAUAUCAAGGUCAAGGACAAGGAGGUCAACAACAACUUGAAGAAGUGCCCUGGGCCCGGAAUUGAUCUGAGCACCAUGAGGAAGGAGGUGUUCCAGACCAAGGAGGAGAUGAGGGAUCCCAACGAGGGUCAGUUCAAGUUCUGCCGUGUUGUCCUCCCUGAUGGUUCCACCACCGUCGUGUGUGCCAAGCCUGGCCAGUCCAGUCGAUCGGUGCUGGGGAAGCUGUGUGAGAAACGAGGCCUCUCCAUCGCUGCUGUCGAUGUGUUUCUCCUUGGCUCAGACAAGCCACUUGACCUUAGCGAGGACGUGUCCACCCUUGGGUCUAAGGAGGUUGUGAUAGAGCGAAGGGUUCUGUUCCGCAUGGACUUCCCCAACAAGAAAUCCAUUGGGGUCAAGGCCAAGCCUAACAGAACCAUCCGAGAUGUGUUUAAGCCCAUCCUCAACAAAUACGGUUACAGAAUUGAGAAUAUAGCUGUGCAACUGUCAGGGCACGAGGAGCUGUUGGAUAUCGAUAUGUUGGUGUCACAAUUAGACAACCAGCGAGUCGUCAUCCUAAACAAGGAGGCUUUAGACUGGGUUGGCGAGGAGCGACCUGGCAUGUCGUCCACCUUUCACAGACCCCCACUCCCGCCCACAGCUAGCCGGCACAAAUCUGGUAGCCUGGGUAACGUUAAGGCAGGAUCGCUAGACGAAAUAACUAAUCGUAUAUUUGAGGACUUGAUGAAAGGGAAAGCGGAAUCAGCUCAUAAUUUUGAUGAACUUGGUAUUGUGGAACUGGAGAAGACUAAGGCUCCCAAAAAUCCAGACGAGCAUCGCUUAUCAGGCUUAUUCGGCCUGCUGAGAAGAGAGUCGGUGGGCAAAGCAAAAGACAGCAAGCAGCCGAAGUCUACAACAGCAAAGAGCAAGGUGACCUUUGCUCUCCCAAAGAAUGAAACCCGCCCAAGAUCUGAUCCAGAGAAUGAGAAACUCUUCGAGCUUCUCUCCAGAGCUCAGAGCCAGAGGCUGGAUGACCAAAGAGGAGUAGGCACAGACUCUGCUGAGAUUCCCGAGUUCCUGAAGAUGGAGCCUCCGGUGUCAACUGACAGCCCAACAGCACGCGGGGUGUCUUCCACUGAUCUCUUCGAUGAGGUGGAGUACUUGCAGGGUCAUGGCCGUCUGUCCAGAGGAGCCCAGACACCUCAAGGUCAAGGUCCAAAUCCCAGUUCCAGGAAGGUCAACAAAUUUACCACAUUUGGAACACCAGGGUUUGGCUCUUCCAAUCAAAGCUUUAGUUUGGAUGGUCAGUUGCCAUCACAAGAACUGGCAGAUGACUACUUCCAAAUGCAACCAGUAGUUUUAGAUGCCAAUGAAUUCGACAUGGAAAACAUUGAGAACUUUUACCAGGCGAACGUCCAACAAGAGCAUGAGUGGACUGAAACACCUUAUCGUCUUGGUGUGCAACACCUAACAUCUCACGCCCCAAUGGCGUCUCCAGAAAGAUUCUCACCUAGAACUAAACUUCAUGACAGAUUCAAUGAACAGGAAGUGUGUGAAGCCAUUGACCAAACAUUUAUGGAUCAAAACAAAAAGAGUGUGUCACUGAAUCUCCACCCCUCGCCUAGACCACCCCCACCCCCACUACUUACCCCGAGAGAAAUCCCUCGGAAACCACCUAAUUACACCCCACCCCCACCACUGUCAGAAAUUAAUAAAGACUUAAACAGUUCUCAUACAAAACAUUCAGAGAGUUCCAGCUAUCAUCGAGCCCUCAAGCAUAGUGGUCAGGUGAAGGAUCUAGCCUCACUGCGGGACAGUGAGAACUUGUGUUCACAACCAGAGAGACUUGCUGUGUCAUUGGAAGGAAAACCUGGGGCCACACCCAAACAUCUCGGAAACACCCAACAUAGUCAAGUUGUGGACCUUAAAUAUGUAGAGGAAACAGUGACUUUUGUGUAAUUUCAAAUGUUCGUUAGUGUUUGUAAUAAUGGAUGGUUGUGAACUGCUAAUUUUAUGUCUCAUUUAUGUUGUGAAGUUGUACUUGGCAAAAUGAUUUGUUAACUUUUGUGUUUCUAAGUACUAAGUAUUAUACCUUUUACAAAAGGCUGGAAAUGUUUUAAACAUUUAGACUAGUUUUUGCUAGCAUAUGACUUAUUGUUGAGUCACAGGAUCAGUAUCCUACAGGGUUUGUAGUUUAGAACUUUUAACUUUGUUAAAUGGCAAAUAAUUUUACGUUCCUGUAAGUAUCAUGCAUUUUAAUUUCCAAUAUAUUAAAAUGUUUAAUUUUUAUGGCAUUUUAUUUAUGAUCAAAAGGAAUUCUCUUAAUAACACAGGGGAGGUAACUCGUGUGCCUUGAGAAUUGCCAUCAUUGUUUACAUUUUAUGUUGGAGAGUAUACACGAGAGUAUACGGUGCUAAUUUGUAAAGAAAUUGUAUAUAUGUAUAUUGUAUAGAAAACCAUCUGUUGUAUUUAUUAUGUUUAUAGAAAUGGACGCAGCUUUCAAUAAAAGCUUGAAAGUAAA